GAAAAAAAAAGGAGCACUGGCAAAUGAGCUAAGCUUCCGCUCCAAGAGUGACGUCUAAAGAUAUGAAUUUUAAAGGUUGUCUCAACAGGAAGAUUGCUAUGAAGAGAUAAGGCGCAGCAGUAAUGUGCAGAGAAGAUUAAAAAUGGCCAAUAACAACAAAAAAGGGUACUACUGAAGUAUUGUAAGCUAAAAGAAACGAACGUAUCCUACACCUACUAACCAUGAACAACAGAAGAAGAAGAAAUCUGAUAAAACCCAGUUCCGAAACGUUUAGUAACAAUGAUGAUAUUGAAUUUACAGAAGCUAAUUUAUCGAAGUCUCUUGUAACCGACGAUGACGAAAGUUUCCAUCUGUGUGGUGACGAAGGAAAAGUUUCCCUUUUCUUACUAAGUUGUUUAUCUUUAUAUAAAGGAGUACUAUUUUCUAUUGCAUCUUGUCUGUUUUUCUCGACCGAGUACGCUAUUGUUAAAUAUUUGAAAACAGUAAGUUCUGCAAAUAUAUUUUUGGUUAACUCAACUUUUAUUACAAUAUACAGUAUUCCGCUUCUCUUACGCAAAAAGACAAAUCUACUUGGCUCACCACCACAAAGAAAAAUUAUGUUACUUCGAUGUAUUCUUGAUGCAUUGACUGUGUAUACGAGGUACAGUGCUCUUCACUAUUUACCAAUUGCUGAAGCGAGUGUCAUAAUCUUCAGUUAUCCAGUUACUGUAUCUGUGUUUUCCAGAAUAAUUUUAAAAGAUCCGUUAGACGCAUUGCAGGUUAUAUCCGCAAUACUAACCGUAGUAGGUGUUGCUCUGGUAUCAAAACUGCCCUUAGAACUCCAACAAACUAAUACGUUAACGAGUUUUUUUACUUCAUCAGAUCGAAUUUACGGAGUUUCGAUGGCUUUCAUUUCAACAGUAUUUAAUUCAUUUUCUAUAAUUUGUAGCCACUGGCUGAAACACACCCAUGCUUUUGUGUUAUUGUUUAACACUGGAUGGAUUAGUAUUUUUAUUAGUUUAAUUGUUAUGUUCUCAGAGGGAAAAGUUUUAGUCAUACCGUGUGGGGAACCAUCUUUGUUAAUUGUCUUCUGUUCCAUGAUCGAGGUAGUUGCGUUAACUUUACUCUAUAAAGGGCAACAAACUGAACAAGUUGGAGUAGCUACUAUAGUUCGAGCAGCCUCUCAUAUUACUUUUCUUUUCUGUUGGGAACUGUUUUUCUUCAAAGAAAUUCCAGACAUUUGGAGUAUUUCAGGUGUAACUAUAGUUAUCUUUUGUAUUAUGUGUAGCAGCUUGAGAAAAUACCUGUUGUCACUGCCUUUGGAUGCCUCAAUGAGGAUAAAAUUCUCGUGUUUCAUAUAAAGAUCGUCUAUAUAUUUUUUUCUUUUGUGUCGUCUUUACCAGUGUGGUAUUUGCUUUU